AUGGCUGCCGGUAUUGAUAGAGUUGAAGAGGAGGAAAUCUCAAGAAUGGAAGAAGGCGUUGAAAGCAACAAGCGGGAAUACGAUUAUCACAAGGGUUUUUUCUCAUCAAAAGAUAUCAUUAUCAUCCUGCAGAAGAUUGUAGCAGAGGUGGUUGGGACCUACUUUGUAAUAUUUGCCGGGUGUGGCUCAGUUGUUGUGAAUAAAAUCUAUGGCAAUGUCACAUUUCCAGGCGUUUGCGUGACGUGGGGACUGAUAGUGAUGGUCAUGGUUUACACCGUGGGUCAUGUUUCUGGGGCUCAUUUUAAUCCUGCUGUCACAGUUGCAUUUGCCAUCUUUCGUGGGUUUCCCUGGAGAGAGGUGCCUCUGUACAUUCUGGCUCAAUUGAUGGGCUCGACUCUGGCCAGUUGCACAUUGGCUUUGAUGUUUGAUGUGGCUUCCGACGAUUAUUUUGGUACCGUACCAGCUGGGUCCGAUGGACAGUCUCUUGCCAUAGAAAUUAUCAUCUCCUUCCUAUUAAUGUUCGUCAUCUCCGGCGUCGCCACGGACAGUAGAGCGAUAGGAAACCUGGCAGGAAUCACAGUGGGAAUGACCAUCAUGCUAAACGUGUUCGUGGCAGGGCCAGUUUCGGGUGCAUCGAUGAAUCCAGCAAGGAGCUUUGGUCCAGCCAUAGUUAAGCAUGUUUAUAAAGGCUUAUGGGUUUAUAUAGUUGGACCAAUUAUCGGAACCAUACUCGGAGCAUUUGUCUAUAACUUGAUCAGGUACACUGACAAGCCGCUCGAAGAGCAUUUGAAAGGCGGAUCAUUUCGCAAGAGUCUUUCCAGAAAAUAUUUUGAUAAUUCUAGCUAG